AUGUCCUCACGUUCAAGUCCCGCAGUUUCUGGCUCAAUACCACUCAGUGAUGACCAUAUUAGUGAUAAAAAGAAGCUCACCAGAAUAGACGAUUUAAUUGAAGAAAGAGAUAGAAAACUAAUUGAACUUUACUGCGUAUCUCGCUUAAGCCAGCUGUUAGAGUUGACGGAUGAGAGCAAACUCCGGAGGGAAAUAGAUGGCUUCCUGAAGAAAACUGAUAUACGAAGGGGUAUAAGAUUUGAUGAUACAUUACUUCCGAAGUUUCUACAAACAGCCAUGACUCCCACGGCGAAGAAAAAAUCUAAGGAUACAAGCCUGAUGAAAGUACCUAACCAAGCAUCAACAGAUUCUAAAAUGGGACACGAAUCUCUGGGUAAUACCGAAAAGAUGUCAGGCAAAUCAGAAAGUCAUUUCAUACCAAACAAUAACAAUCCAAUUACUGACAACAUAAUGGAUUCUUUAAGGCCAGUAGAAAAGGCAAGAAAUAUGUGGAAUAAAAGGACAUUUGAGCCAACUAUGGGUAACGAAAGACAGCAGCAUGAGAAAAGACAAAAAACGCAGUCUCAGUCACUAGAAUCUUCCAAUAAUUCAGAAAUUUCGUCACUCCCAAUGUCCCCACGGCCUCCUGUGCCCAGUGCUUUAGCACACUAUACGUACUAUGAGAACAUAGAAUACCCACCGGCAGAUCCUACCAAGGUUGAACCUGCAGAGAGAUUCAAGGAUCCAUUAAUAAAGAACAUUAUGGGAAAAGAGGUACAGACAUCGGAUCAUUAUAAUCAGAACAAUCUUGACGUAUCAGAGACAGUAUUUUUGUUAAUGAACGAUUACAUACCAUCAAAAAUACCCCAGGCUUUGCCCUUAGCAGAAUUGAAGUACAUGUCACAAACCCUGCCUCUUAUUAAUCUAAUACCGAGAGCUCAUAAAGCUUUGACCACUAAUAUUAUAAACAAUGCUCUAAACGAGGCUAGAAUCACAGUUGUUGGCUCACGAAUAGAGGAACUAAGAAGACUUGGAUUAUGGUCUUUAAGACAACCUAAAAGAUUCAUUGAUCCAUGGAAACAAUAUAGUACUCAUCAAAACAUACUUUUAGAAGAAGCUAAAUGGAUGCAAGCUGAUUUUAAAGAAGGUUAUAAAUAUAAAGUAGCCGUCUGUAACACCAUAGCACAAGCAAUAGAGGAUUAUUGGACCUAUGGACAAAUAUGCUGUGUGAAGCAUAAAAAACUGCAGAUUGGCAAAGAAAAUACAUCACCAAACGAUGGGCAAAUACCUGAAAAGUUAUGCAAACUGUCGGAUAUUUCAAUACAAGACUCACAAGCUAACCUUUCUCAUACGGAUAACACUGAAGCUUCUUUACACCUUAAUCAUAUUAGUUCAAACAAAUGUGCUACUACUGGUGACUAUAGUAGUGAAAAUGGCAGCAAUGAACAAAUAUUUAGGGACGAGCUUAAUUUUGCAGGUGAUGGACUAUUCCAAGAGGGUACAAACGAUCGAGUCGUUUCUUCGAUUGAUACGAAAGUUCUUCUAACAAAGCCAUCCUCGUCGAGUAUAACUGUCUGUUCACAACCUGAAGCAGCUGCAUCAUUAGUAUCGAUUGGAACUGAAAAAUUAGAAAAAGAUUCGGAUCCUCCAUUUAAGCUUUUAAUCUCUGUUGAUGAAUUCAACGCUUUUGAGAAAACAUUGGUUCAAGAUUUACCUUUAUAUAGUGGUAUUAAUGAGGAAAGGCCAAAAAAGGAUGAUUCUUUAGCGUUCAUUCCCAUUUCUAAAUCAGUCGUAUCGUUGGAUGAUAAUGGUUUUUAUAAGUUACUUGAGCGCCAAUUAAUUGACGAAGAACCGUCAAUAUCGCAGUUGAGUAAAAGGCGUGGUAUGUUCUAUGGUAAUAGAAGAAAUCAUUAUCUAAGACCUCCGACAGUACCUUCUUUGCGCUAUCUUCAGAAUAGAACACCCACAAUAUGGUUAUCCGAGGAUGACCAGGAACUGGUCAAAAAUAUUAAUACUUACGGCUACAACUGGGAGUUGAUUAGUGCGCAUAUGACUCAUCGCCUCACGUAUUCUUAUUUAUCCAAUAUUGAACGUAGAACUCCAUGGCAAUGUUUUGAGCGGUUUGUACAACUAAAUGAACGAUUUAAUUUUAGUGACCUUAAGGGUCCCAGAGCUCAUAGCGCUCAACAGUGGCUAAUCGAAGCGCAUAAGUUUCAACAAAGACAGAACAGAAGGAUAUCUCCUCUAGGUGUAAACAUGGAAUCCAUACAAAGAGGCCAUAGAAGACUACGCUGGGCUAGCAUGUUUGAGGCCAUUAGGAAGUGUAUGAAGAAAAGGGAAAAUACACCGCGUCCUAAUCCCACUCAACCAAGAAAACCAUUGGACUGCAAAAACAUGAAGGUCCCCACUCCAGCAGAAAUGUCACUUUUAAAGGCCCAAAGAGAUGAGGCACUAAGAAGGGAUAUUCAGUUGAGAAGGACAGUGAAAAACAGAUUGCAACAGAGACAACAACAAAGUCAGCAGGCUCAUUCAUCCAGUGCCCAGAGCCCAGCCCCGUCGAAUGGUAAGUCUUCGUCAAAUGUAACUAGGAAUGGGCAAGCGCCGACUCCAAGAUCAAACCAGAAACAGUACACAGAGCAAGAUAUCAUUGAAAGCUACUCGAGAAAGUUAUUGGAGCAAAAGCCGGAUAUUACGCCUGAGACAGCUUUAAAAGCCGCAAAAAACUAUUAUAGAACCUUGAAAGAGCAACAGCAUCAGCUUAAACAGCAUCAGAUACAACAGCAAAGACUACAGCUGCAAGAAGAGUCCAACCAAGUUCAACAAUUGCAACAACUAAAAACAGGAACUCAAGCCCAACUGUCAAAUGCAUCUCCAUCUCAAGCUUCUCUUUCCAAUCUUUCGAACAAUAAUUCUGCUUCAAAAAUAAAAUCACCAACCCCACAGGAAAUUUUGCAAAGAUUUCAAAAAUAA